AUGGAAUUUACCACUGAUGAGCGAUUUGGAACCUUGACGGCUUGUCUUUCCAAUGUGGGUCAAGCAAUUUGCCCGUAUUUUCAUAUCAAAAUACCCAAACUUGCUGCUGACAGGCAUAAACUCGUAGAGCUGGCUGCCAAGUAUGAUAUGGGGGUAAAAGAAAUUAUAGAGGAGUCCAUCAACAUGCAUGGUAUUUAUGAGCUGUAUAAUGCAAAACGUUUGGGGUGUACCGAAUACCACAGUGUAAAGGUGAUGUCGCAUGGCAUUACUAAAAUUAUUGAGGCUGAGAAAGCUGGUAGUGUCCAGUGGAUUAUUUGA